GGGUACCAUUUCCACAGUGGCUUCCGUGGAGUCGACACGCACUUCUGCCGAAGAUCACGGGCCUCAGUCGCUCCCUUAAUACCCGAGUUUUUUCCACAUCCUCUUUCUCGUGUGCUUCGCAAUCGUGUGCGACAAGAUUCUGCCUCAAGUGGUUGGAGGAGAUCGCGCAAAAGACGAACCAGUUGUGUUUGGAACGUUGCUCGAAACGGUCACCCUCGAAAAAUUCUUUCACUGAACAGAAAAAUCCCGCGUUGAAUAAAUUUGUGUGUUGCGAGUGUGAUUUAAACGUUAAAAAUAAAUUAAGAAAAUAAAGGACUUGAGACUAUGGCAACAGUUUUGCGAACAAUGGCACUAGGACAGAAUUUCCACAUGUUACCCAAUAACUGUGUGAUUGUCUCAUCAUCAGCUAUGCCCUCCAAUGCGGGGCUACAUACCGCCGGCAAGAGACCCAUUGCCCCAGCCCCAAGUGAACCGCGGAGUGUGCGCCUCAUCACAGGUCCAACGGGUGACCUUAAGGGUGGCAAGAAGAGGAUGACAUACUCCCACUUGUCCCCAUACCCUGGUCCACCACCAAGCGUUGAACGACGCAAUGCCCGCGAAAGGAAUCGCGUUAAGCAAGUUAAUAAUGGAUUCGAUAAGCUCCGUCAGCACAUCCCCCAGAAGAUUGUUGAGGUGGAGAAUGGAGGUCGUGGGGCGAGUAAGAAGCUAAGUAAAGUUGAUACGUUGAAGUUGGCCGUUAAGUACAUUCAGGGGUUGCAAUCCCUCCUCGAAGAGAACUCCGUACAUGAAACUUCCAGUAGUCAAGGAAGUGGAUCCUACUAUGCAGGAAGCCCCGUACAGAGUCUUCAGGAAUCCCAACCACCGUGUUCGGAAGCAUCAGCCUCCCCAACACCCUCCUACAAUUCAGACGUCUCCGUUGGACAUACCUACAAUGUAACAUCAACCCCAUACCAGGAACCCUACCAUGCGUACGGGAUGCACUUCGAGGAUGAAUCUGCGAGCUUCGAAGAGGAGGUCCUACUCGACGAUAUCCUGCACUGGCAACUGCAGCACUGACCCCAGAGUUCUCGUGGUGUCAAUCCAGCGACAUAUACGGCCAGUUAGCAACAUGUUGCUCACCAAGAUAAUUCCAAAAAAGACAGUGCAGGAUGCCAAGGGGGUGCCAAAUACAAACCACCCUCACUACUUAACACCCCCAUAGUGUAGUGCUAGUGACAUAAUUUUUAGUGUUUUCUACUAUAAGAUUAUUUCCCAUUCAUCGUACUGAAUUUUUUUUAAUUAUUAUUUAAAAUAUUGCAUUUAUAAUUAAUUGUUAUCUAGUCAUUGAAUAUUUUACUUUUUUUUACAAAAUGAGAAUAAUUACCUCUGUACAUAGUAAAGUGGAAGAUACAUUUUAUACCCUCUAAGAUGUUAAAAGAAAAACCGUAGGAAUUAACUGUCAAUUGAUGUACAAAUGUGUUAGUUAUGUAAAUAAAAAAGGACAAAUCUGAUUAUGUAUUACAUGAAAAUUUUGAACUGAUUAAAGUUAUGCUGAUUAAAAUUAAA